AUGGGCGAGUUUAACUUGAAAAUAGCGCUUUCAUUAAUACCGUCCAUGACUGACGAUGAAGUUGCAAUUAAUCAAUUAAUAGACUCUAUAGAAUACUACGACUCUACCUUAAAAAGUGACGCGAAACAACAGUUCAUAAACUUUGUCUUGAAAAAUAGACUUACACAAGUAGCUAAAUUAAAGUUAAGUUCGUCAUACACUUCUGUCCAAAAUUUAGUGACAGAUAUGAAAAAACUAUUGUUGCCUAAAAAAUCAGCCACAGCUAUUCAAAAUAAAUUGCAGACCUUGAAACAAGGAGAGUCUUCGAUUGAUGACUUUGGUCAAAAAUUGUCGAAAAUGUUUGUAGAUCUCACGAUCGCGCAAUCAGACGGUGACUCAAAUGCAUUUAAAGUAUUAAAAGGUCUUAAUGAAAAACAAGCGAUUAAAAGAUUCGCGGACGGAUUGCGCAAUCGUCGAGUAAGUACAAUUAUUGCAGCUCGCGAUUACGACUCUUUAAAAGACGCCAUACAGGGUGCCAAGGACGAAGAGACGACUUCAAGCAAUACGUCAAGUGAUGUAUUUUCUUUUAACCAUCGUAAAACAACUUAUUUCAGUAGAGGGUACGUUCGAGGGCGUGGCUCUUAUAGGGGGCAACCACACUACUCUUCAGGCGCAAGGACGCUACACAACCCAGGACAUUCGGCAACAGGAGCAUCAUACAACUACAGGAGCAGAGGAGCUGGCAGAGGAGGCUACCAGUUCCAGAGCAAUCACCGAGGCAGAAACUAUCAAGGAAACCGAGGUAAGUCUAACACUUUUCAUGGAAACAAUGGAUAUCGCAACAACCGUAUUUUUACGGCUGAAACUGAAACUGAUGAAAAUGUGAGCCCAAAUCAGUUUUUUCGUGGAUAA